CCAUGCUGGAGAUGAAGAAGGAACCAGCCCAGUCCUACAUUCGUAGUAAACUGCAGCUGCUUUGCAUAGAACCUUGCUUGUAUUAGUUUUACUGAUUUGUAUUUUUAUUGAUACAUAUGUAUGUGUAUUUGUGUUUAGGAAACAAAGUGAUCAUGGAAGUGGAGAGAAAGAUGGAUUUGCGCUGUUGACUCUUGUUUUUGGUGAGCCACAUCACCGACGCGACUGCAUCUGUUUGACUGAGAGAGUGGCCUAAUGCUUUCAAUCAUACUCUCACUAAUUGGAUAGUCUGUUUCUGACGGCCUUUGUCCGGUUCUAGACUAGUGAGGGCAGAGCUUGAGGAGGAAGGCUUUGCAGCUGAAUCCCUGUCGCCCUCCUGGUUUCAUGGUGUCAUUUGGCCAGCCACGCCAGGACAGCUUUGAUGGUGAGGAUACUCGUCGGUUCGUAGCGGAAAAAGAGCGCACACUUGCCGCGCUUGUGAGUCCCAAGCUGCAGCCUGUGGUUAGUACAAACUGCGUGGUGAAUGAGGUGAUGGGCGCCAUCGCUAGCAGCUGCAAGCAGAGAGUUGAUGACUAUGUCAGGGGGGAGGAGGAUGUGAGGGUGGGGUGAGAGUGAUGGAGUGAUGGCAUCUGGGUUUAUGGGUUGGUAGCAUGACGCGGCUGUUACAGGGGGCUAAGCCUGUCCUUCACGGGAGCUGAGUGCGAAGUUGUCACGUUGAGAGAGAAUAUGGUUUGCCUCGCUGCAGGUUGCGGACUGGCUUAGGAUGGCGAUAGUUUGGGUGCAGCAGCAGCAUGCGGAGGUGCAGUCGUCAGGAGUACCCGGUUGAGCAGGAAAGCUUGCGGUCACGUUGAUUGAUAGUGUUGGCUACGGAGAAGUUAGCCUUGGAAUUUAGCGAGAUAUGGCUUGUGUGUCGCGGGGGGUGUGAAGUGAUCAAUGGCCGUGGCGGUGGAGGAGGUGGAGUUAGAGGGAGGUCGUGGCAUUCAAACAUGGACAAUGUUGGUUUGAGAUAGAGAUACGCGGAGGGGAAGUGUACAGAAACAGGAGAACAAAAAUACAAUGCGGCAAGGGGAGUUUCAAUGGCUGCGGCGGCGGUGCCUACUGCUGGCAGCUGCGAUGAUGGUGCAAUGGUGUGCCGGGGUAAUGGUGCCAAUGAGCGACGAUGUCCUCGGCUUAAUGGCGUUCAAAGCUGGGUUGCACGAUCCUACUGAGGCAUUGCGUUCCUGGCGAGAGGAUGAUGCCAGCCCCUGUGCUUGGGCUGGGAUUGUUUGCGACCGUGUCACGGGCAGAGUGUCCGAAUUAAACCUCGUUGGGUUCAGCCUCAUCGGCCAAAUCGGGCGAGGCCUGAUAAAACUGGAUGAGCUUCAGACGCUCAACCUGUCCUUCAACAACCUGACUGGAAGUAUUGACGCCGAAGUCGCAAGGCUACCUAUGUUGCGCAAACUGAACGUGAGCAACAACCAGCUAAAUGGAGUGAUUACUCCACUGUUCAUGAACAACAACAGCCUCGUGCUCCUGGAUCUCUCCAACAACGCCAUGACAGGACCCAUGGCAGAGGAUUUCUUUACUAGUUGUCAGAGUCUGGUGUCUCUCUACCUGGUUGGAAAUUCUCUCAACGGUUCCAUUCCUGCUUCGGUCGGCUCGUGCUUUCAGCUCACAGAUUUGAGCUUAGCGCACAAUUUACUUUCAGGGGAGAUUCCUGGUGAACUCGGUCAGCUGCCAAAUCUCGUGGAUAUUGACUUAUCUCACAAUAUGUUAACGGGCACCAUACCUGCCGAACUUGGAGCCCUUAAGAGCCUCACAAGCUUGAGCUUGAUGGACAAUAAGCUUACCGGAAGCAUUCCAGCACAAUUGAGCAACUGUGGGGGCAUGUUGGCCAUGGAUGUGAGCCAAAACAGCUUAUCUGGGACAUUGCCACCUGAACUUCAGAGCUUGACUUCGUUAGCCCUGCUCAACGGACGCAAUAAUAUGCUUACCGGUGACUUUCCACCUUGGUUGGGGCAUUUAAACAGGCUUCAAGUGCUUGACUUUGCCACUAACAGGUUCACAGGAGCAGUGCCAACAUCGCUUGGGCAGCUGCAGGUACUGCAAGUGCUGGACUUAUCUGGAAAUCUUCUGCUGGGAACCAUCCCAGUGGAUAUCGGCUCCUGCAUGCGCCUUCAAAGCCUGGAUCUAAGUAACAACAAUCUGACAGGCUCCAUACCACCAGAGCUGCUAGCCCUAAAUGUGCAGUUUCUUAAUGUCGCAGGCAACGGAUUCACGGGUAAUUUUCCGGCUGUUGGGCCUGGGGACUGCCCUUUUCUUCAAUUCUUAGAUGUUUCAGAGAACAACCUGGAAGGUCCGCUCUUGCCCCAGAUUGGACAGUGCUCCAAUCUGGUAGCUGUCAAUUUCUCAGGAAAUGGUUUUUCCUCCUUCAUACCAGCAGAGCUUGGGAAUCUCGCGUCCCUGACAUUACUGGACCUCAGCAACAAUGCAAUGUACGGAGUCAUCCCUCCCAGUUUGGGAUCCGCAGCUCGUCUUACUGUGCUGGACUUGCACCGUAAUAAGCUUGGUGGCGUAAUCCCAUUCCAGCUAGGCAGCUGCUCAGCGCUUGCAUUCUUGAAUUUGGCACAGAACCUAUUAAAUGGCCCCAUGCCAGGCACGCUGACCAACCUCACCAGUCUUGCAUUUCUGGACUUGUCGUCAAACAACUUGACGGGUGACAUCCCCCCCGGCUUCGAGAACAUGAAGAGUUUGCAGAAGGUAAACAUCUCCUUCAACCACUUGACGGGUCCCAUUCCCAACAGCGGAGCAUUUUCUAAUCCAAGCGAAGUUUCAGGUAACCCUGGGUUGUGUGGCAAUUUGAUCGGGGUGGCAUGCCCCCCGGGCACUCCGAAGCCCAUUGUGUUGAACCCCAAUAGCACAUCCCUCGUCCAUGUGAAAAGAGAAAUUGUGCUCAGUAUCUCUGCCAUCAUCGCCAUUUCUGCGGCAGCUGUCAUUGCUGUGGGAGUGAUCCUCGUGACCGUGCUCAACAUCCGCGCCCAAACAAGAGCGCAGCGUAACGCCAGGAGAGGGAUCGAAAGCGUUCCUCAGUCACCAAGCAAUGAGCAUCUCUCGCUAGGAAGACUCGUCUUGUACAAGUUGCCGCAGAAGGCCAACAACCAAGACUGGUUAGCAGGGAGUGCGCAGGCACUUCUAAACAAGCACGAUGAGAUUGGACGGGGGGGAUUCGGGACAGUCUACCGAGCAAUCCUCCCCGAUGGCAACAUCGUGGCCGUAAAGAAGCUCCUAGUUUCAAGCCUCGUGAAGACUCAGGAAGAGUUCGAGCGAGAGGUUAACCUUCUGGGCAAAAUCAGCCACCAGAACCUCGUCACACUUCAAGGCUACUACUGGACCUCCCAGCUACAGCUCCUCGUUUACGAUUACGUCCCCAACGGCAACCUUUACCGACGCUUGCACGAGAGACGAGACGGGGAGCCGCCUCUCCGCUGGGAGGACAGGUUCAAGAUCGCGCUCGGCACUGCCCUGGGCCUCGGCCACCUCCAUCAUGGCUGCCAUCCCCAAGUCAUCCACUACAACCUCAAGUCGACCAACAUUCUCCUCUCCCACAACAACGUGGUGCGCAUCUCCGACUACGGCCUGGCCAAACUGUUACCUGCCCUCGAUAGCUACGUCAUGAGCUCCAAGUUCCAGAGUGCGCUGGGCUACAUGGCGCCAGAGUUCGCCUGCCCCAGCUUGCGCAUCACCGAGAAAUGCGAUGUCUACGGGUUUGGGGUGCUGCUUCUGGAGCUUGUCACUGGACGUAGACCAGUGGAGUAUAUGGAAGACGAUGUGGUGAUCUUGUGCGACCAUGUGAGGGCGUUGCUGGAGGAGGGUCGUCCCCUCUCUUGCGUGGACAGUCACAUGAAUUCAUAUCCGGAGGAUGAAGUCCUUCCCGUCAUCAAGCUUGGGCUCAUUUGCACCUCCCAUGUACCCUCCAACAGGCCGUCUAUGGAGGAAGUUGUCCAGAUUCUUGAGCUCAUUCGGCCUAUUCUUAACGCCCGUGGAACUUAGUGAGCGCCAUGGGUGCUUUGGAAUAGUUUCAGUGUAUGUAUCAUGGACGAAUGGUUUAGUCUCCUUGGAACUAUUCAGCUCUUUACAAUAGUUUCCCGGAGAUGUAACGACUAAAUAUUGGCAGCUUCAGUUUACACAUCGAUUUUAGCAUUCAGAUGGGUUUGGUCAUUGUAGUGACUGGUUUGUCAGUGACUAUGUCAUUCGAGAGUCGGGGUCGGUUAGAGUCUUGGUAACAUAGUUCGUGACAGGAUAGUCUCCAGAAUGACCAUUGUGCCACCUUCAGGGGAAUGCAUCAAGACAAUUUUAUUUUUACAUUGUUCAA